UACUAAUUGCUGAUGCGGCGAUUUGACAUUUAGCACAGCAAAAUAAUAAAGUCACAUAUCAUUACUCAGCAUUGUUUGCAACAGAGGUUAUUUUGGAGAAAACAAUAAAGGUUUAGUUUAACAGAAAUGGUUGCGAAAAACGAGCCCCAACAACAAGAUGUUGAAAUGGAGAGCGCUGAAGACGUCGAAAAUCAGAAGCGCGAACAGGAUUUGGCGGCCGUGCAAGAGAUUCGUGAGCAUAGUCGACAAAUCGAAAAGGCUGUCUUGACAAAGGAGCCACGGUUCAUACUGCGUGUGUUGCGAUCAUUGCCAAAUACUCGUCGCAAAUUGAAUACGAUUGUGCUACGCAAUUUAACGGCACAUUUGUACCCAGCUGGUGCUGAACGUGAUUCAAUCACUCAAUUUUUGGAUGCAUUACAACCGGGCCAAGAAUUGGAAGUGCAACGAACACGGGCGAUCAUUAAAUCACCAAUUCCCGAAGUUGACGCAUAUUUACAUUUGUUGGUGUUGGUCUUUUUGCUCGACAAAUCGCAAUUGGACAAAGCCCAAGCGUGCUCCGAUGCAUUGAUCAAGAAAAUUGUCGAACAAAAUCGCCGUACAUUGGAUUUGAUUGCGGCCAAAAUCUACUUCUAUUAUUCACGCGUUGCCGAAUUGACCGAUACAUUGGAAAAUAUUCGCAGUUUCCUGCACAAUCGCUUGCGUACGGCCACACUGCGUAACGAUUUUGAGGGUCAAGCGGUGCUCAUCAAUUGCCUGCUGCGGAACUAUUUGCAUUAUUCGCUGUACGAUCAGGCCGAUAAAUUGGUCAAGAAGUCGGUGUUCCCGGAAACGGCCAGCAAUAACGAAUGGGCUCGAUUCUUGUAUUACUUAGGUCGUAUCAAAGGUGCAAAAUUGGAAUACAGUGAUGCGCAUAAGAAUUUGGUGCAGGCACUGCGAAAAUCACCACAGAAUGCUGCUAUCGGUUUCCGACAAACAGUUCAGAAAUUGAUCAUUGUCGUUGAACUGCUGUUAGGUAAUAUUCCUGAGCGUCAAAUUUUUCGACAGGCUGCACUGCGUCGUUCGCUCAUCCCAUACUUUCAACUGACACAAGCCGUUCGUUUGGGAAAUUUGCAACGUUUCGGCGAGGUUUUGGAAAAUUUCACACCGAAAUUCCAACAGGACCAUUCGUACACACUGAUCAUCCGUUUGCGUCACAAUGUCAUCAAAACGGCCAUUCGUUCGAUUGGUCUGUCGUAUUCGCGCAUUUCACCCGAACAUAUUGCUAAGAAGCUGGGUUUGGACAGUGCCGAAGAUGCUGAAUUCAUUGUCGCCAAGGCAAUCCGUGAUGGUGUCAUCGAAGCAACAAUCGAUCCGGAAAAGGGCUACAUGCGCAGCAAAGAAAGCAUGGAUGUGUACAGUACACGUGAUCCACAAUUGGCUUUCCAUCAACGUAUCUCAUUCUGCUUGGAUCUGCACAAUCAAAGUGUUAAGGCAAUGAGAUACCCACCAAAAUCGUAUGGCAAAGAUUUGGAAAGUGCCGAAGAGCGACGAGAACGUGAACAACAGGAUCUCGAACUGGCUAAGGAAAUGGCCGAAGACGAUGACGAUGGCUUCUAAACGACUCGCAUCACUAUUCAGCAUAUUUAAUUUGGGCAUAAAAAAAAACAAACACUUUCACUACGAAACAAAAACAAAACAAAAAUCAUAGCUGACUCCUGGCAUAUUAAACAUCUAUAAUUGCGAGCGAUGUAAUCAUAGCCCCAAAAAGAUUUUGCAUUAAAUUGAAUGAUCAUUGAAACAAUUUACCCCUUAUUUAAUAGUUCUUUUUGUGUUUGAAAAACCAUUAUUCGAAAUAAAGAUACAAAAAUUAAUAAAAUAAAACUCAAUGAGAAAAACACAAA